UUAAGGGUGUGGCUCAAUAAAAGGCGGAGUGGCUGGUCUUGGCUGCAUACAAUGGAUGAUGAGCAGCAAGAUGUUCUACUCCGUAACUACAACUUCACUCUAAGUGCUGAUAUCAAUGGUCCCCUACUAGCAGCAGUUAUCAGUAUAGAGAUGAUAGCAGGACUCAUUGCCAACUCGUUUGUACUUAUAAUAACAAUUUGUCACUGCUCAUCAGGCACUUGGAAGAAGCCAUCAACCUUAUUCCUCACAAACAUGUUAAUCUGUAACCUCUUCACUGUCCUCUUGGUAAUGCCACUGAACAUAAUCUCACUGGCUAGUAGAGGCUGGAUAUUUGGAGUAACAGUGGAUCAGAAACUUAUUACAUGCAACUUGGCAGGUUACAUAUACUGGAAUAGCGUCCUCCUAAUAUCACUCAGUCUGAUGCUACUAUCAAUUGAUCGAUGGAUCUACAUAGUACAAGCUAUGCGUUACGAUAGUCUAGUGACUCCUAGAAGAGCUUUACUUGCAAUCAUAAUCACAUGGAGUCUAGCAAUAGUUCUCAAUGUCACACCUUUCUUUGGUUUUGGGACUUAUAACUUCUUGGAAAGUUACGCUGGUUGUUCUCCAAUUUGGGAAGGACAUGUUGGGUAUGUGGUGUACAUGUUGAUCAUAUUCGUGAGUAUUGUUGGUACCAUUGUGGUAACGUCAUGUUGGACUUUCUGUUACUUGUUCAUGUACAUCAGAAGAAGAAAGGAGAGGUCAUCCAUUGGGCCCGGGAGAAAGAGAAGCAUUGAUCAGUAUGUUGCUGCAAGAAGAAAGCUUAUAGUGCUGUUUGGUGUCUUAUUAUUUAUUCAUUUCAUUUCUUAUCUUCCUGGAAUAAUAACUGCUGGUGUAGUCAUUUUUGUCAGCCUGCCAAAGGAGGUGUAUGCUACAUCUUACAUCUUAUUUCUAUCAAUAACAACUCUCAGUCCAUUAGCUCAGUCGUGCUUCAGAGAGGACAUUAGAAGCAAGCUUUGUAAGAAGAAGGAAGAACCACCUGGCACAGUUGACUCAAGCCCUUUUACUGACAAUUGAGUAUAACUUGUCCAAUUUUAAACACACAAUUCAUGUAACAGUACUGUUGUAGUACAUGAUUAUCAUUGUCAGUCUGUGCAGUUUAUUUAUUAAACAUAAAAUAUUUCAUUAUUGUGUUAAUUGCUAGCGUAAAAAUUGUUCU